AUGGCCUCCAGAAAUAUGGUUGAAAGAAUUUUCUUCUUGUCCCAGACUGUACUGGGAAUGCUUGGGAACUCAGCCUUGCUUUGUUGUUUUAUCAUUGCUGACUUCUCUGGAAUCAGGAUGAAGCCCACUGAUCUGAUUGUCAAACACCUUGCCUCGGCCAACUUCAUGGUUCUCUGCAGAGGAAUCCCACAGACCAUUGCUGCUUUUAAUCAGACUUACUAUUUAGAUUAUGUUUCCUGUAAACUUGCCUUAUAUUUACAUAGAGUUGCCAGAGGAGUGUCUCUUAGCUCUACAUCCCUGCUGAGUGUCUUUCAGGCCAUCACCAUCAGCCCCAGUAAUUCUAGAUGGGCGCAGUUCAAGCCCAGAGCCCCCAUGAUCAUUGGUCCAUUUAUGUGCCUAUGCUGGGUACUCCAGCUGUUGUUAUAUAUUUUCAUUUUAGUAUAUACAACCGACAUAAGGGGUGGAAGAAAUGUUACUGGGAUACAAGAUUUUGGAUAUUGUACUGUUAUCAAUUCUGGGAGACUGAUCAGCACUCUUAUUGUAAUCCUAAUAUCAUCCAACGAUGUCAUCUUUUUGGGACUCAUGAUGUUGGCCAGUGGCUACAUGGUAUUCAUCCUGCUCAAACAUAAGCAGAGGGUCCAACACAUCCAUAGAUCCCUGUCUUCUAGGUUAUCUCCUGAGACCAGAGCCACCCAAAGCAUCCUCACCCUAGUGAGCAGCUUUGUGAUCUUUUAUGCAACCUCUGUUGUCUUUACAUCUUAUCUGUCUGUCUGUGAAGCAACUAGGUGGCAGUUUAACACUGGUGUGGCCAUGUCUGCAUGCUUUCCAGCAUUCUGCCCCUUUCUGCUCAUCAGACACUAUGCUUCCCUUUUCAGGCUCUGCUGCACUAGUUUUUACCAGACAACACACCAUGCUUGUGUAGUCAGAGAAUUCUAA